GGUGUGACCAGAAGUGUCCUAGAGUAUCCAUUUCCGCUUAGAUCUUCACGUGGUUAGUUGUUGUUAUCGUUACCAGGACGCCGUGGGAGUUUGGAUUCGGAACCUGGGGAAUCCUGAGGGUCCGUGGGCGGAAGUCGCGGCCCCGGAGUGCCGUGUGCAGAGUUCUCUGCCGUGCAGUGUGAGAUCCCCGAGUCAGGCCAAGUCAUCCAUGCUGCUGAUUUUCUAGGACAACCAAGCUGAGUUCUGCUUGUCAGCUCUACUCAGCGGCUCCACAUGCUCACCCGAAUCCUGAGGAAAGCCAAGACCAAGAGUAGACACCACAGAGGACAUGUUGACCGACAUGAAUUUCUGCCAGAAGCCCCAGAGACUGGAAGUGGAGGAGCAGGAGGGGUCAUGUGAGAGAUUGGUGUCCUUUGAGGAUGUGACCGUGAACUUCAGCCAGGAGGAGUGGCAGCAGCUGGACCCUGCCCAGAGACGCCUGUACCAGGACGUGAUGCUCGAGAUCUACAGCCACCUCUUGGCAGUGGGGUAUCCCAGGCCAGAGGCCAUCUUCAAGGUGAAGGAAGUUCAUUUCCCACAUCAGAGGUGUCAGUGUCAAGGGGAAUCAGAGCAUGGCUCACCACAUCAGAUUUGUGUGAAAGCUGCAUUUCCAAAUGAUGUAUCAAGAGAACAUUCUGUUAAAGAGGAACUGUGGCAGGAUGGUGGCCCUACAAAGACAGAUCAGCAAAACCAGAUCCCACUCUUGAGUUCUGGCACUUUCUUCAACCAGAAAACACUGAUAGGUGACAAUAGUUAUGAGCGUGAAGCCACCGGGAGAUAUAUACCUUUAGGCCUCCACCUCAUUUCUACACAAAACAGAUCUCCAAAAUGUUGCUCAUUUGAAAAAACUCUGCAGCCUAAUCCUAACCUUCAAGCAAAUGGUGAACCUCAAAGCAUUGCCCCAAAGCAGUCUAAUGGCAUUGUUGAAUCCUGUCAGUUCUUCACACAAGGCCCUUCUAAUGCUGUGUGCACAGUUCCUAACAGAGAAGAGAAAGCAUGCAAAGGUAAACAGCUGGGAAAAGUUCUCAGCCCUAAGCAGCCACUUAGACAGCAUGAAAUUCCUUCUCAGGACACGCCGGUUGCAUAUACCAUAUAUGGGAAAGUCUCCACUGCUAAGUCAGCUUUGUGUCAGCAGCAAAUUGCUAACACUAUAGAGACACCUUUUAUUUGUCACAUAUGUGGAAAAUCCUUCCUUCAGAAAUAUGAGUUGAGUUCUCAUCCAGGAACAAACAGAGGAGAGACACCUUCUGAAUGUCCUGACUGUGCAAAAUCACUUAGAAGUACAUCCAGCCUGCAGGUGUCUCAUGAAGUCCACACAAAGGAAAAACCUUACAAAUGCCAUGACUGUGGGAAAUCAUUCAGCUAUGCAUCCCACCUAAAGGUCCAUCUUCGAAUACACACAGGUGAGAGACCUUAUGUGUGUUCUGACUGUGGGAAAGCCUUUAGCCAAAAAUCAGUCCUCACCACACAUCAGAGAAUUCACACUGGGGAGAAGCCUUACAUGUGUAAGCACUGUGGGAAAUUGUUUGUUUAUGCAUCAGAUCUGAAGAAGCAUAGUCGGUUUCACACAGGGGAGAAGCCUUAUGAGUGCCUUGACUGUGGAAAGUUGUUCAGUAAUAAAUCCCACCUGCCUGUGCAUCAUCGAAUUCAUACUGGUGAGAAGCCUUACAAAUGCUGCGACUGUGGGAAAUCAUUCAGAAGAAAAUCCCACCUUAAAGUACACAAUCGAAUACACACUGGUGAGAAGCCUUACAUAUGCCCUGAUUGUGGGAAGGCCUUCAGCCACAGUUCAGUUCUCAGCACACAUCAGAGAAUUCACACUGGGGAGAGGCCUUACACUUGCAGUGACUGUGGGAAAGCCAUGUCAUCUAAAGCCCAACUGAAUGAGCAUCAGAGAAUCCACACAGGUGAGAAACCAUUCGUGUGCAUUGAAUGUGGGAAAGCUUUCAGUGGCAGAUCCUCUUUGCAAGUACAUCGUAGAACUCACAGUAGUGAGAAACCUUUUGUCUGUCACAAAUGUGGGAAAGGCUUCCUGCGCAAGUCACAGUUGUCAUCUCACCAACAAACUCACACUGGUGAGAAUCCUUAGGAGUGCUGGAUGUGUGUGCAAUUGUUCCGCCAUGCAUAUCGGCUGAAGGUACGUCAUCAAAUUGAAAUGGAAGGAAAUGUUGCCGGUACUUGACUAGGAAAGUUUUCAACAACUGAAGGCUCAUCUGUUUUAAUCUGUGCAGAAAGACCUGAUUUCAAUAGACCCAGGGACUCAUUCAUACCUCACACUGUUCUUACAGAUACUGUGAUCAUAUGAAAGGUUUUACCACAGUCAAUUCUUUAACCAUUUUUUUUUAUUAACUUUUUAUUUAUUCUUUGUAGAUGGAUUUUUCUUUUAGGGCCACCAGCUCACAGAGAAUGACACAGAGACUUACUAUUAAUUAUAAAAGCUCGGCUGGUAUUUUAGCCUUGUUUCUAACUAGCUUUAUAACUAAAUCAACUCAUUUCUGUUAAUUAACUUUCUGCUUUGUGACUUGAUUACCAUUACUCUGUACUGCCCAUCCUGCUUGCUCUGUGUCUGGCUGGAGACUCUGCCCUUCUAGCGUCCUCUGUGCCUGGAAAUCCUGCCUAGCUAUUGGCCGUUCAUCUUUUUAUUAAACCAGUUGCAGUCACAUCUUCACACAGUGUAAAGGAAUAUCCACAACAAUUCUUUGUGUCUUUUACAUUAUGCAUCUCGAUCCUAUUCAUUUCCCUCCCUUUUUUAUCCACCCUCUGCCUUUGCCUACCCCCCCCCUCAAAUAAAAUAAAAUUUAAAGAAAAA